AUAUAUGAGGUGACGUCGACGACCACAAUCAAAGACCUGUGCUGCAGUAUCGCCUCUCAUCUCACGCUGAUCUCAGCCGACGGAUUUGGCCUGUUCCUGAAAACAGCAGACAAGGUCAUGUCAAGUUUGGAGGAGGAGAAAUACUUCUUUGACAGUUUGAGGCAGACCUCAGAGACUCCCAAGAAAGGAAAAAAAGUGAAAGAAGGCAACCAGGCCAACGCGCAAUACCUGGUGAUGUUUAAGAGGAAGCUCUGGUUCAACGUGACCCCGGGGAAAGACCUGGUUGCAGACCUCACCUUCCAUUUCCCGCAGGAGCUGCCGAGGUACCUGCGCGGAUACCACAGUUGCACCAAAGAGGAUAUGACCAACCUUGGGGGGCUGCUGUUCAGAGCAGAAGUCGAUUCGGACCGGACGCAGUUCGUCAUGAUCCCCAAGAUGCUGAGCAGGCUGGUUCCUGCGGACCAGAUCAAAACCAUGUCUCCAGAAGAGUGGAAGAAGCACAUCAUCUCCGCCUACAACAAGCAGAGUGGCAUCACGGUGCAGGAGGCCAAAAUCGCCUUCCUGAAAGCCAUUUCCAGUUGGCAAACCUUCGGCUGUGCCUUCUUUGAAGUUAAACAAACGUGUGAAUCCAGCUACCCGAGUGCACUUUUGAUCACCAUCAGCAAGCAAGGUGUCAGCUUCAUAGACCCAAAAACAAAG